AAGUACACAGAGCAGAGAUGGAUCAGGGCAGCAGCAGACCGACGUGGAGCAGGCAAAUAGAGUUCACCCUGGCAGGCAUUGGCUGUGCUGUGGGUCUGGGCAAUGUCUGGAGAUUUCCAUAUCUGUGCUAUAGGAGCGGCGGAGGCGCCUUCCUUGUGCCUUAUCUCCUCAUGCUGCUGCUUUUGGGCAUCCCUCUACUGUACAUGGAGCUGACAGUGGGACAGUACACACGCAGAGGCCCGGUCCACGCUCUGGCCAAAGUCUGCCCCUUAUUAAAAGGUGUAGGCAUGGCAUCAGUGGCCAUCUCCUUCAUCAUGUGCACCUAUUACAAUGUAGUCAUCACCUGGGCCUUGUACUACCUGUUCAGCUCCUUCCAACAACCUCUGCCCUGGACCAGCUGCAACAAUACCUGGAACACUGAAAACUGUACCAGCCACAGCACCAACAGCAGCCAUUCCUCCACCGCCAGCCAGGAGUUCUUCAACUAUAAGAUGUUACAACAAACGGAUAGUGUGGAGGAGGCUGGGACGCUGAGAUGGGAGCUGUUCCUUAUCCUCAUAUUGGCCUGGAUCCUCAUUUACUUCUGUAUUUUCAAAGGAGUCAAAUCAACAGGAAAGGUUGUGUACUUCACAGCUCUGUUCCCGUAUGUUAUCCUGAUUGCUCUCCUGAUCAAUAAUGUGCAGCUUCCAGGGGCAUUAGAUGGAAUAACCUUCUUCAUAGUACCAGAGUGGAGCAAGCUGCAGUCUGUGGAGGUGUGGGUGAAUGCUGCUGCCCAGAUCUUUAACUCCAUUGGGAUUGGGUUUGGUUCACUGCUGGCCAUGUCGAGUUACAACUCCUUCAACAACAACGUUCUCAAAGACACAUUGGCUAUAGCACUCAUCAACUCCUUCACUAGUAUCUUGGCUGGCUUUGUGAUCUUCUCUGCGUUUGGAUACAUGUCGUACCUGCAGGGGAUUCCUGUGAGUCAACUGGCAGUGGAUGGGCCUGGCUUGGUGUAUAUUGUCUACCCACAAGCCUUUGCUCAGAUGCCUUUGCCUCAGCUGUGGGCCGUAUUGUUUUUCUUCAUGUUACUUUGCCUUGGGUUGGACAGUGAGUUUGCGAUGGUGGAGGUGAUGGUGACCAGUCUCAUGGAUCAGUUUGACCAGGGGCUGAUGAAAUUCUUUAAGAGAAAAGAACUAUUUGUUCUGGCAGUUUGUGGAGUAGCAAGUCUUCUGGGAAUCCCAUGUGUCAUGCAGGUGGGGAUCUAUGUGUUUCAGUUGAUGGACCAUUACACUGCCAUAGUCUCCAUCAUGUUCUUGGCAUUCUUUGAGAUUAUUGCCAUCUGCUGGUGUUACGGUGUAAAUCGACUGUCGGACAACUUAAUGGAAAUGACUGGAAGCAGAGCCAAUAUCUUCUUCAGAUUAUGCUGGCUCAUAAUUGAUCCCCUGCUCAUCAGUGUUAUUCUGGUCUUCUCUGUGAUCCAGUUCAAACCAGCUCGGUACGGGGACUACACGUUCCCUUCCUGGGCACAGGGGGUGGGAUGGGUCAUUGCUUUGGCCUCUAUCAUCUGGAUCCCUCUCGGGGCUGUUCACACAUUGUGGGUGUUGUCUGGUUCCUUCAUUCAGAAACUCAGGCUGUCCAUCACACCAGGUACACUGGAUGAAAUGCCAAAGAUGGCUUAUUAUGAGAGAGGAGGGAGUGUGUUUCCAACGAUAGCUGUCAUCAACUCAUCUCAGAAUCCAACUGAAAAACCUCCCAUCGAAACAAACUUUUGAUACCUCAUGAAUCCAUUCAUAAGCCAUUAUCAGUGGCAUUAGUGUUAAUCAUCAAUAUUUACACUAUUUAAAU